ACAGGUUGUUAUGUCUUCUGAGUUUGCGGGUGUGUAAGGAUGCCCAAUCUAACGCUUCCUCCUUACUUUAAUCUCACCAUGUUCAUAAACAUCGGCCCGUACCGCUACCCGGCGCUGGCGGCAUGCCUCCUCCUCUACGUCUUCAUCGUGUGCGCCAACUGGGCCGUCCUGGUAACCAUCUGCCGGGAGAAGACACUUCACGAGCCCAUGUACGUUUUCGUCGCCUGCUUGUGCUUUAACGCCCUGUACGGCUCCACAAGCUUCUUCCCCCGCUUCCUGCUGGACCUGGGGUCCGACGUUCACCUGAUCUCGCGCGCGGCCUGCUUCACACAGAUCUACGUCAUUUACACGUAUGGAGCCAACGAGAUGACCAUGCUGUGUGUCAUGGCAUACGACCGCUACCUGGCCGUGUGCCAUCCGCUGCACUACCACACCAGAAUGACAGUGAAAAAGGCCCUGAGCCUGGUUGGCCUGGCGUGGCUCAUUCCCGCCAUCUUUCUCACCAUGGUGAUCUACCUAUCCGCAACGCUGCCCCUCUGCGGCAACGAGAUCUACAAGGUGUUUUGCGCAAACUGGAAUGUAGUCAAGCUGUCAUGCGUGUCCACGGUGGUCAACAACGCGGUGGGCAUGUUCAUGACCAUCAGCACCGUUUUCCUCCCGCUCACCUUUGUUCUCUAUACGUACACGCGCAUCAUAAGCACGACUUGGAGACGCUCGGACAAAUUCAAGGGGAGAGUAUUUCAGAGCUGUUUGCCGCACAUGAUCUCCUUUGUCAUUUAUUCCUGCAUCGUGUUUUUGGAUAUCACGCUGAGCAGGCAAAAUGUGAAGGAGAUGAACGCUUUUGUUGCCAUCAUCUUAUCGCUAGAGUUUGUGGUUAUUCCGCCGCUUCUCAACCCCCUGGUGUACGGGAUGAAACUAUCAUGUAUACGUAAACACAUCUUCAAGAUGGCGUGA